AUAUAUUUUACUAGAAUGUCGGACACCGAAGACUUGGACUCGUGCGAUUUUGCCAACAUUUCGGACCUGGAUCCUCAUGGGGCUCCAGAGCCGGAACAAUUGGCUAUUCUUCCUCCAAAUCAUCCGCUUCUGUCCAAGUUUCAACGGUCAUUGAAAGAUCACCUGUUACGUACUAAACAAAAGUUAGAAAAUGAAAUUGCUGAAAUUAGGUACCAAGUGAAAGCAAAGGAGCAACGACGGGAAGAUCAUGGCGUAACAUUAUACGAUAUUCAACAAAAAAUGGGUUUUCAAGAGGAACAAAUUAAAGAAAUAUCUGCAGAAAUCGAUGUGCACGUACAAAGCCGGCAAGUCGAAGAAUUAGCUGUAAACAGUGUUAAACAGAAUUACGAAGAAAAAGAAGAGCUAACUAGAUCUCAAAAAGCAUUAUAUCAAGAAAGAAUGGUGGAACUAGAAGAUCUGCAAAGCCUGGGUAGUAAUAUAAAAAAAUGGGCCUUUGAUGUAGAAGAUGAAGUGAAAAAUGCUAAACGUAUUGUUAGCAGAGAUGCUCAAUUACAAAGACAGUUAUCUCAGGAGAAGCGGAAAUCCGACAUUCUAUUUUAUCGCUUGGAUAUGGAAGUAAAAAAAAGAGAAAAUGAGCUACAGUCAAUUUGUGAUGAAGAAAAGGCAAUGAAGGAUGUUGUAAGCAUUUUAAAUAUGAGUAUUGCUGACGCCAACACUGAUCUGGAGGUAUUACAAAAUGAGCACAAGCGCCUCACUCAAGCAUGGAGCGAAGUCAUUGUGGCAAUACAACUAAGAGAUAAAAUAUUAUUUCAAGUUCAGGACAAUAUGAGAAAACAUAGAGGAUCAAUAAAGCUUAAUCUGGCCGGCAUUGAGGCAAUUAAGAAACAAAUUGCAAAGGAAAUGGAACUUAAUAGAAAACUUGAAUCUUUUAAACAAAGGUUAACUGACGAUACUAACGUUUUGCGUCGGAACUGCCAAGAAGAAAACGAAAAGCUGUUUCGAUUACAAGCAAAGCUGGAUGAGUUACCAGACUUCUUAGUUCGCACUGAAGCCGACUUACACGAAGCAGUGCGUGAUGGAAGCAGACUUUUAUCUGAAAUUCGGAAACUUGACUACACGCUGGACAAAUAUCACCAAACAAAAUUUCGAACUGAGGAAGCAAUAUUAAAGUUGGCGCAAGAUCAACUGGUAGCGGAUAAGGCCACUGUCUACCGACUGAAAUUAUUAAAUAAGUCGCAAGAACGUCGUCGAAGUAUAGAUUUAUCGUUAUCAAAAGUUCAGAGUCAAUUGGCGUCCUCUAUGCUCGACGUGGAAAAGCUUAGAAGUCAAGUUUUAAAGACCAAAAGCCAAAAUGAAGUUAUUACACAGAGUUUAAACGAAGCGGAGCUUGAGUCUAGCACUCUUGAGGCAGAUCUAAACAAAAUGCACUCUAAAAUUGAAGUAAAAAUGAAAUUGUUUGAAAAAGUCAGCAACAAAAUAGAAACAAUGCAGAAGUUAUUUGGUGAAGCUUCCGGUAAUCCUACUGAACUGAAGAUAAAACAAAUUGAAAAAACAAUUCACACUGCUGAGUCGCAAAUCCGAGAGCACCAACAAUUUUGGAUAAUGCUGCAGAAUCAUUUUGUGAAUUUGUCACAAAAAAGAAACGACCAGCUUAAUGAAAUUCAAGUCACCCGCAAACAAUUGUCUAUUAUAAAACAGAAAUCCCUUAAAAUUGACCAGGAGCUGGAGACUUCCGAAAAUAAAACUAAAGAUUUGUAUUUGUAUAUACAGAAAUAUACAUCGAAGUUAGAAUUGCUGAACGAAAAAAUAUACAAAAAGAGAAUAAACCAUGAUAUGAAGGAGACUGAGUUUGAGCACGAGCAGAAUGAGCUCAGCCAAAAACUAAAGGAUGCCGAGCUUGGAAUAUUAAAGUUGGAGGGAGUGAUCUCUGAACUACGAAACACAAUUGAACUCCAUAAAGACUUGGUGAUAGAGAACCACAGAGAAGCGUUAUCCUGGGAAUCAAAAUAUAAAUUACUUGAAGAAACAAUUCGAUGGUCAAAGACAGAGAGCUCUUUGAAUAGUGAAAAAGGCGUAAUGAAAACUGAAAUUCAUCGCAUGAAUAUAAGGUAUAUUCAACUGAAGCGAGCACAGGAAAAGCUGGUUCAAGAUUUAGAACAUUGCGUUAUGCACCGUGAACAAAUAUUUGUUAACGCAACUAUUAAAGAACAUGUAAAGGCAAAAGUAAUAAAACUUCAAACCGCCUCUCAAACUCAAGUACGACUUGAUGAACUUCGCAAUAGAGCAACGCUAAUACAUAACGAAAUAGCAUUUCUAUCAGAAACUCGUUUAACCGACGAUGUCAAUAAGAUUGAACGCAUGAUUUAUAUGUUGAGAAGAAUUCAAUCAGACCUAAAUAACAUAAUCGAAGAUGAUGCCAAUAUCAGAACUCAAAUAGAAAAUGCUCAUUUGUCCAAGCACGCGAAUUUAGAAAAAAUUAUUCGAAAACAGACUCGUGCUAAGGCUUAUCGAAGGCUUAAGCAAAUAAAGUCAAUUCAAAGCUCCGUUCGCUCGGAGAUGGCAGUUGAGCAGCUCUCCCAAAAACAAUCAGAUAUGAACAGCAAGCUAAUGGAAUUAGUUCAAAAUCUGAUGAUAGACUACCCAACAAAAAUAAUAUUCUUUACAAAAAUUAAUCAAAUCCUAAAGGAAUAAGA